AUGAUUUUUUCAAAUAUCAAUUGUCCUACUUUUCUUUUAUCCUAUCUUCUUAUUAUAAUUAUUCUACCAUCAAUCAAUUCAAGUCGAUUUCGAAGUCAAAAUUCUUUGCCAUUGCAAUUGAAAUCAUCUAUAUACAAACAAUUAGCUAAAUAUUGUUAUAUUGAUGAUUAUUCGGCAUGGUUACAACAGCGACGUGAAUUCAUGAUAUGGUUCGAAUUGGCUACCGUACUUAGAUUACCUAUUCAGGAAAAUAAACAAUUUCAACAUGAAUAUAAUCUAUAUCGUCUUCAACAUGAAUGUUUACGUGUUGUUGAACGCUUGCCUGUUUCAUUUGGUCCCGGAUGA